AUGGAUAAGCUAAGUUCUAAACUAGACAAAUUUUACACAGAUUUUUAUGAAUUUGAAAUCAAUACAAGAAAAAAGUCAUCCUAAAAUCAAAUAGAUUUAAAUACUUCUUUAGAUCAACAUUUUAAAGAUCUGGAAUAUUUAGAAAGUAAAGAUUAAAGCUCCGAUUAUGAGGACUGA